AUGAUCCUGAGGGAGCAGGAAGAGCAACAGCAGCCAAAACUCAGAGACGAUCGCGCUCUUCUUCCCACACACAGACACAACGGCUCCAGCUCAAACCACGACCCAGAAGCCCAGCGUCCCACUUCGCCCUCGCCCACCGUACUUCCAGACUACGAGACUUCCCAGGCCCAGUUCUACGGAGGAGUACUUGCCACCGUCCGAAAGAGCACGAAAUCGUUUGCGAGGACUCGCUGCUUUCGAAUACUGUGGUGGGCGCUCAUAGCCUAUGCUGUCAUCGUCGGUCUCGUCGGCGUCCCCAUCCUGGCAUGGAAACUGUCCGGGAAAGGAGGCCAUGGAGGCGGAGACGAUGGCGGCGGCAAGCCGUUGAUACUCUCCAUCCCCUUCCACUCAGCAACGCAAGUCGACAUGGCUCUGCUUGCAGCAGAGAACGCGACUUUCGAGUGCAACAAGUGGGAGGACAAACACACCCUGACCACAGAUCCCGACGACCCCUACCAUUACAUUGCCUCUCUCGCCUUCACAUUUCCUCCUCUACCGGUCUUGCAAUUAUCCGCGGAUGGCCACCUCAACUGGACGGAUGCGCCAGGGCUAUCAGGGCAUAUGACAUUCGAUGUUAACCCUGACGCCUCUCAGCGGGACCUCGUGCUUUCCGCGGAUGUACGCUAUUCCCGGCCAGAUCUCUUUCACGCCCUCAGCAUCUGCCACACGCAGACGGCCAAUACAUCGGUCAUUACUCUCCGACUGCCGUACAACCUGUGGAAAGAGGAUGUUCUCGAGACAAAUAUGACGCUUCUCUUUCCGCAGCGCGAACAGCCCAUCUCGAUCUCGACUUUUGCGACUUGCUUCCCGACAUUCGACCAGGUGUAUGGCGCGCUCGAUUCUGCAGUGCACUUCGAUGAGGUUGUUAUCGAGGGCUCUGGCGCACCGAUCUCCUUCGACGGAAUACAUGCGCAGACACUCGUCGUCAGGACUUCUGGUUCAAGCGUCACAGGAAGGUUUAAUGUUUCGCAGGUCCUGUCAGUUGACACGGUGAACGGUCCCAUUGAGGCCGACAUCUUCUUGCUCAACGACGAUACCUGCAAAGCGCCUACCCACUGUUCAUUGAAUACGGGCAAUGCUCCAAUUGUCGCCGACAUUGUCCUUUCCGAUCAAUGUACCUCAACGCGCAAACAUCACCCUCACUUCGAGAUCCACCCCAAUACCUUCAACGCAGGACUGAACAUGUCUAUCUCGCACGCGACGGGAUCGCAUCCAAGUCGCAUGUUUUCGAUGGCGAGGACAACGCAGGGCCCGAUCUACUGCAGCCUCGACGCUCUCUUCACCGGGACAUUCGACUUAGCGACGAAGGAUGCGGCAGCGGACAUAUUGAGAAUGCCUGCCGUCGCGCAGGACGCGAUGAACAUAUCCAGCAUUAUCGCAAGAUGGUUCACCGGCGGUUGGAACAUGGUGCCCGAUUACAGCGCGCCUGGGCGUAUGCUUGGAUGGGUUGGCUAUGGCAAGCGGCCUGCCGGCGGGCAUGGAGAGAGCCACAUCUCUCUCGCCACAAGCCUAAGCCCGGUCAGGCUCUCGCUGGACGAGCCCGUUUCAUGA